GGCCGCCGCAAUCGGACUCUCCUCUCACGCACUCCCUCUUUACUCUGCAGUUCCGUCUACUGUGCCGCCAUCGCCGCCGUGACCUGCUUCCGACUAUUCUCUUUCUAGGUCUUAAAGUGACAUCCUUUGUUGCAUUGAGAAAGAUGGCAAAUCAGCUCACUCAGCAAAUUGAAACUUUUGUCGACGUUACUCGUUCUCCUACUCAGCAGGCUGAUAGUCUGAAAGCAAUUGCUUCUGCCUUGGAGAAGGAUUUGUUGUCUAUGAACGAAUUGGUCGCGGAGCUGGAAAUGUAUUUGACGACAACUGAUAAUGUUGUCCGAGCACGAGGUAUUCUCCUGCUUGCGGAGAUCCUUAAUUUCCUAAAAGCAAAGCCAUUAGACAAUGCAAUUGUCCAUAGUCUCAUUGGAUUCUUUACCGAAAAGAUGGCAGACUGGAGAGUGAUGCGUGGGGCACUUGUUGGUUGCUUGGCCUUGAUUAAGAGGACAGACGUAGCUGGUGUGGUCACUGCUACCGAUGCAGAAGCUGUUGCAAGGUCAAUGAUAGAUAAUGUGCAAGUGCAGUCUUUAUCACUUCAUGAGCGUAAGCUCUCUUUUGAACUUCUAGAGGGCCUUCUACAGCAAUACUCUGAAGCUAUUAUGACUUUGGGUAAAUUACUUGUUUAUGCUACAUGUGAAGCCAUCGAUGGAGAAAAAGACCCUCCGUGCUUGAUGGUAGCUUUUCAUAUAGUAGAGCUUUUGGCUCAAUUGUUUCCCAGUCCAUCCGGUCCAGUUGCUUCUGCUGCGUCUGAUCUUUUUGAGAUUGUUAGCUGCUACUUCCCUCUUCAUUUUACGCAUACAAAAGGUGGUGGAGCUAAUAUUUCAAGAGACAACCUCUCAAGGGGACUAUUGUUGGCAUUCUCUUCGACGCCUUUUUUUGAACCGUAUGCUAUUCCAUUGCUUCUUGAAAAGCUUUCUUCUUCUCUACCAGUCGCAAAGGUUGAUUCUUUGAAAUGUCUGAAAGAUUGCGCUAUUAAAUAUGGAGUAAACAGAAUGAAGAAGCACUAUAAAAGUCUUUGGUCCGCUUUAAAAGAUGCAUUUUAUUCUUCUACGGGGACACAUUUGUCCUUUGGUAUAGAAUCCCUCACUACAGCCGGGUUUGAAAUGGAUGAGAUCCACAGAGAAGCUGUUAAUCUUCUUCAGACGCUUGUUAAGGAAGAUAUCUCGUUUUUAGGAUUGGUUGUUGAUGAUUUAAGUGUAAACUCGGUCUUUAAUUCCAUUUCUAGAUACUCUCAGUAUAAAGAAAUGCCUGACACGAGCAAACUGGAGGUUCUUGUUAUUAGUCAGAUACUGUCUGUGUCUGCCAAAGCUUCGGUUGAGUCAUGCAAUAUAAUCUUUCAAACCUUUUUCUUCCGCCUUAUGAAUAGUCUUGGGAUUGUAGAGAAACCUUCAACUGGCGAUCUUGUUCAUAAGGAAAACUCUACAGUCUCUAUCAGACUCUACCAUGGAGGUCUUCAUCUCUGCAUCGAACUUCUUACAGCAUCGAAAGAUCUUAUUCUGAGUUCCGAGGAAUGUUCUUCAGCACCUAGUUGCGCACAAGAAUCAUGGUGCUCUAUGGUUAACAGGUUCUCAGUUUCAUUGAUCGAGGUGUUCACUUCUGCAGUACGAAGCUUAAAUGACGAUUGUGGUGCGGAUGUAUAUCUUGGAGUUAAGGGUUUGCUGACUAUGGGUAUGUUCUGUGGUGGCUCUUCUCCUGUAUCGAGAUCCGAAUUCGAGAAGAUUUUGACGACCUUAACAUCAAUCAUCACAGCCAAGAGUGUAAAAACAGUAGUAUGGGAACUGGCAUUGAAAGCGCUGGUCUGCAUUGGCUCAUUUAUUAAUCGGUAUCAUGAGAGUGACAAGGCUAUGAGCUACAUGGGUAUAGUUGUCGAAAAUCUGGUCUCAUUGGCGUGCUCUAGCCAUUGUGGUCUUCCAUAUCCGAUGAUAUUAGAAGCAACUUCAGAAGUUUGCUCCACUGGGCCAAAGUAUAUGGAGAAAAUGGUUCAAGGAUUUGAAGAAGCUUUCCGUUCCAGUUUGUCUGAUUUUUAUGUCAAUGGAAACUUCAAGUCAAUCGAAAAUUGUUCUCAGCUCCUGGAGUGUUUGACCAAUAAACUGCUUCCACGUGUGGCAGAGAUCGAUGGUCUCGAGAAAAUCUUGGUGCAUUUCGCUACCAGUAUGUGGAAUCAAAUUGAAUCCUCUGGUGUUUUUAGUUAUGAUUUCAGUAGUAGGGAGUUUGUUGAGGCAGCAAUGAAAACAAUGGGACAGAUUGUAGGAGUUGCUUUGGUUGAUUCACAGAACAGUAUAAUCCAAAAAGCAUACAAUGUGGUCUCAUCAAGCACGCUUCCAGCUAUGGAAUCUAUUCCUUUGACCUUUGAUGCAUUUGAGGGUCUGCAAAAUGACCUGUCCACUAGGGAUGAAUUGAUACUUUCACUAUUUGCAUCAGUUAUCAUAGCUGCAUCUCCCGUGGCAUCCAUUCCAGAUGUGAAAUCACUUAUACAUCUGUUUUUGGUAUCCCUUCUUAAGGGCUAUAUCCCAGCAGCUCAAGCUUUGGGUUCAAUCGUUAACAAAUUGGGGUCGGGUUCUGGUGGAACAAAUAUCUCAAGCGAUUGUUCCUUGGAAGAAGCAUGUGAUAUAAUAUUUCACGAAACUUUAUCUGGAAAAAUUAUUUCUUCUGAUGACUCUGGUAAUAUUCUUUGUGGAAGUGAGACAGUUUUGUCAAAGAUAUGUUUAGGUUUCUAUGGUUCACUGGACCUUCAAACCAGCGCUAUUACUGGACUUGCAUGGAUUGGGAAAGGUUUACUCAUGCGGGGUGAUAGAAGAGUUAAUGAAAUAGCUCUGGUACUAAUGGAAUGCUUAAAAUCCACCAACUGUUCAGGGAAUGCUCUGCAUCCGUCUGCCAUGAGACAUGCAGCAGAUGCAUUCUGCAUACUAAUGUCUGAUUCGGAAGUGUGUCUGAAUAGAAAAUUUCAUGCAGUUAUACGGCCACUCUAUAAGCAACGGUUUUUCUCUUUAACAGCUCCUAUUUUGGAGUCUUUGAUUAUGAAUUCCCAGACUCCACUCUCGAGAACAAUGUUACAUGUGGCUCUCGCGCAUGUUAUAUCCAAUGUUCCAGUAACGGUCAUAUUGGACAAUACCAAAAAGCUACACCCGAUGAUACUGGAAGGCUUGUCUGUUUUAAGCGUUGACUCUGUGGAUAAAGAAACUCUCUUCAGUCUAUUACUGGUUUUAUCUGGAACACUUACUGAUAUUAAAGGACACCAAUCUGCCAGUGAUAAUGCACAUAUAAUCAUCGAAUGCCUGGUCAAGCUUGCAUCAUAUCCACAUCUAAUGGUUGUUAGGGAGACGGCCAUUCAGUGUCUUGUUGCGCUGUUGGAAUUGCCUCAUGGAAGGAUUUAUCCUUUCAGAAGACAGGUUUUACAAGCAAUAACAAAGGCACUCGAUGAUCCAAAGCGGAGAGUUCGGGAAGAAGCGGUUAGGUGCAGGCAGGCUUGGUUAGCACGUUAACAAUAUUUGUGACCAGUCCGGGUUAACCCAUUGCGAAUGGGACGACCCCUUGGUCUAACACCCUUUUUUUUUUUCGUUUAAUGUUUCAAAAUUUGAGUUAAAAAAACCCAUGAUCUAUUAUCAUUUUUGUAAAGAAAUUCCUGAUAGCAUUAUUCAAA